CAGGUGACACAAAAUGUACGAUGUGUAUGCAAAUAACCCACAGAGCCAGCCAACCACCCCGCCGGCCCCGGAAAAGGUGCUGCGCUUUGACCGCGGGUACAUCUCCUCCCUGCCCGGCAUACUCAAGGGAGUCCAGCUGUUAUGUAACCUGAUUGGUUUCAUCUGCAUCAAAGUGUCAAACAUCUGGAUCUCAUCGAUCCCCUACAACCUGCUGUACUGGAUCUGCAUGGUGAUCACCACGUUCCUGCUGCUGUCGUACUCCUUCCACGUGGUGGAGAAGCACGACCGCUGGCCGUGGCUCAAGCUGGAGUUCUUCUACUGCUGUGUGGUGGUGUUGAUCUACAUUAUCCUGGCCAUUAUUGCCACGGUCAUCGGCGAAGGCGGGUAUGCCGUAGGGUUCUUCGGGUUCUGCGCGAUCAUCGCAUACGGCUUCGACGGCUUCCUCAAGUACAAGGCGUGGAAGCGCGGCCUGCCGCCGCAGUAGGGGAACACUACAUCACACACACACACACACACACACACACACACACACAACUAUCUAGGAUAAGCUUA